AUGUCUUUAUUCGUUCCAGAAGAUGACAAUCUAGAAGUUUACAGGCCAGAAGAAUCGAUUGAUGAUAGAGCUCCCGAAAUAUCAAUUCCCCUGAAAGAAGCGGCUCACCAGGAACCUAUUGUGUCAGAUCCCAUAGAUGUUCUCUGUUCACUACCUCUCAAGUAUCAACAUUUGAUUCUUGCAGAUUUGUUGAGACAAGACGGUCUUUUACUUCUUGGAAAAGGCUUAGGACUGGAGGUGAUUGUUUCUAACCUCCUGCAUGCAUUAUCUAGUCCUCUAAGAGAAAAUAAAAGAGGCUUAAUCAUACUUCUGAAUGCUACCGAGUUUGAAAAUGAAAAAAUUAGAGAACUGUUGGUAGAAUUAAGCUGGGUAGAGAAAUUGAAUAAAGGAAUGAAAAAGAGCGGACGCAAAUUUGUCAGAAUUGAUGCCAACUACGUAGUAGGAAAGCGGUCAAAGAUAUAUGCUUCUGGUGGUAUCAUCUCCGUCACAUCUAGAAUAUUCAUAGUUGAUUUACUGAGCAACCUUCUCAAUCUGAAUUUAAUAACAGGAAUAAUUGUUUUACAUGCAGAAAAAGUUACGGAUACUUCUAAUGAGUCUUUUAUAAUCGAUUUCUACAGGCAAACAAACAAAUGGGGUUUUGUGAAAGCAAUAUCAGAUGAUGUUGAAAAAUUCAUACAUGGUUUUCAGCCUUUGAAAACAAAGUUGAAAGAUCUAAAGCUUUCAAAUACUUUGAUUUGGCCAAGAUUCCAUAUCGAGGUGGCCAACUCGUUGAAAAUGAAUUCCAAGAACAACUUGGUUGUUGAAAUUAGUGUUUCACUUACAAAGAGAAUGAAAACAAUCCAAUUAGCUAUACUUUCCUGCAUUGAAGCAUGUAUCAAUGAGCUCAAGCGACACAACCCUGAAAUGUCUACAGAAUAUUGGGACAUUUCCAAUGCACUGAAUAAGGAGUUUGUCCAAGUCAUAAGAGCCACAUUGGACCCGGUGUGGCAUCGAUGUUCUUGGACAACGAAACAAGUUAUCCACGAUAUUUCCACUUUGAAGGAACUGCUGGGUUAUCUUUUGAAUUAUGACGCUAUAAAGUUUUAUGAAACGAUAAAAACCAUAUUUGAUGUCAACAAAUCUACAAAGAAUUCAUCUCCAUGGUUAAUGUUAGAUGAGGCCAUUUCAAUUCUUUCGUUGUCAAGAGAACGAGUCUUUUUGCAAACCUCCAGCGAGCCUCAAAGCUUCCUAUUGGAAGAACUACCUAAAUGGCAGCAGCUAACGGAAAUUUUCCAAGAUAUUGCUGAUGACCGGUCACGCGGGAAUAUGAAUGAAGGGCCCAUCCUCAUCAUGUGUAAUGAAAGGUCAACAUGCGUUCAACUCAGAAAGUAUUUAUCACAAAAUACAAACAGGGCUACACCUGGCCGUAAGUUUAUGAUGAUGGGUCUUAAUCACUACAAUCAGGUCCAGAAAGCCUUAAAACAACUGAAAGAAGGACUCAAACAAGAAAAGGUUGUGGAAAGUACUGAUUUAGAAGCUCUUACAGUUUCUAAGACCUUCACUAGGAAUAGAGCCCACGCAACUAGUUCCAAAAGAAGGCGUACAAGAGGUAACAAGGCCAUUCAAGCCGUUGAUCGGCUCUACAAUAGGGAUGCUUUCAUUGAACAGGACAGUGAUCAAUUGAACAUUUCAAAUUUAGAGGAAGAUUCAGAUCCAGGUGCGGAUUUUGAGGUUACCGGCUCAAGGAACCUGAUUCUUUCUCAUUCAAUUGAACCAGCAGAUCAAAUUGUUAUUGAGAAAUUUGACGCUAGAACUAACGAAUCAUUACUUGACGAGUUGAACCCCUCUCAUAUUAUUCUCUAUGAGCCAAAUUUAUCGUUCAUCAGAAGAAUAGAGGUUUAUGAAGCUAUCCGUAAACAGCGUGCAGCACAGACAUUUUUCAUGUAUUACAAAGACUCUGUCGAAGAGGAAACUUACUUGAACUCUAUCAAAAGGGAGAAAGAAGCGUUUACGAAACUCAUUAGGGAAAAGGCCACCUUAGCGUCGCAUUACUCUACUGAUGAGGAUAAUCAAUUUAGAGUCACAAAAAGUCAAGUAUUCAACACCCGUAUAGCCGGUGGAAGUGCAUUUAGAACACCGACAGAUGAGUCAAGUAUUAUUGUUGACGUUAGAGAGUUUAGAUCAUCUCUGCCAAAUCUCUGCUACCGAAUUGGGUUGAAAGUUGUUCCAGCAAUGCUAACUAUAGGCGAUUACAUCAUAUCUCCGCGUAUCUGCGUUGAAAGGAAAUCCAUUCCUGAUUUAAUCGGAAGUUUCAACUCAGGACGGCUCUAUCAACAGUGUGAACAAAUGUUUCGUCAUUACCAGCUUCCAGCUUUAUUGAUAGAGUUUCAAGAAGGGAAAUCUUUUUCUUUAGAGCCGUUUGCAGAGUUGAGAACUAGACCAAACCAAACCUCUCAACAAAUGACCCCCAGCACGGUAAAGUUUUUUCAGCAGGAUAUUCAAGCGAAACUAAUCACUUUGUUAAUUGCUUAUCCAAAAUUAAAGAUUUUCUGGUCGUCCUCUCCAACUCAAUCGGCACAGAUUUUAAUUUCCUUGAAAGCAACUGAAAGGGAACCAGAUUUGGAAAAGGCCAUACAAGCUGGGGUCGAUGCAAACAUGAUGAAUAGUUCUGGCGCCCCGGAAUUCAAUGACGCAGCCAUAGAUGUACUUACUCAAAUACCAGGUGUGACCAAGGUCAAUUAUCAUUUGAUUAUAACUAAAGUGAAAAACCUCAAGAAGUUUGUCAAUCUGUCGUUACAGGAGAUGCAGGAUAUAAUCGGAAAAGAGGCUGGAUCUGUAGCCUAUAACUUUGUUAAUUGGAAGUUCAACUCCACGUCUACAAAUUCAAAUGGAUUAAAUGUUUAA